AUGGUAGAGCCCAUGGCAGCAAGAGCAAUGCGGCCCUUCCCAUGCUGCCUCAUCUCACUGCUGCUGCUGCUGCUGCUGCUGCUGCCGCCGCUGCCGCUGUCGCGAGCUGCCACCGGCGAUUUCAGCCACUGCGGUGGCUGCGACGACGCCGACGAGGGCAGCCUCUGGAGCACGGACAACAUCCUGCAGUGCCAGAAAGUCAGCGACUUCCUCAUCGCCACCGCCUACUUCUCCAUCCCGCUCGAGCUGCUCUACUUCACCACCUGCUCCGACCUCUUCCCCCUCAAGUGGAUCGUCCUGCAGUUCGGCGCCUUCAUCGUCCUCUGCGGCCUCACCCACCUCAUCAACGUCUUCACCUACGAGCCCCACUCCUUCCACCUCGUCCUCGCCCUCACCGUCGCCAAGUUCCUCACCGCCCUCGUCUCCUUCGCCACCGCCAUCACGCUGCUCACCCUCAUACCGCAGCUGCUCAGGGUCAAGGUCAGGGAGAACUUCCUCAGGAUCAAGGCAAGGGAGCUGGACCAGGAGGUGGGCAAGAUGAAGAGGCAGGAGGAGGCCAGCUGGCACGUGCGUAUGCUCACCCAGGAGAUCCGCAAGUCCCUCGACAGGCACACUAUCCUCUACAUAACCAUGGUCGAGCUCUCCAAGACCCUGCACCUGCAGAACUGCGCCGUCUGGAUGCCCAACGAGGCCAGGACCCACAUGAUCCUCACGCAUCAUCUCAGAGAAAGGGAGAUAACUGAGUCGCACAGCGGCUCCAUUCCUAUCUCUGACCCGGACGUGGUUGAAAUAAAGGCGACGAGGGGCGCCAAGGUCCUCGGGGAAGGGUCGGCGCUAGGGACUGCCAGCAGGUGCAAUCCUGAGGCAGGGGCUGCGGUCGCUGCGAUACGGAUGCCGAUGCUAAGGGUGUCCAAUUUCAAAGGAGGCACCCCGGAAAUGAUGGAAACGAGCUAUGCUAUUCUGGUCUUGGUCUUACCCGAGGACGGUUCCCUAGGGUGGGGUGAGCAGGAGCUGGAGAUUGUCGAAGUGAUCGCCGAUCAAGUGGCGGUCGCGCUCUCGCAUGCUGCUGUUCUUGAGGAGUCGCAGCUGAUGCGAGAGAAGCUUGCUCAGCAGCACAGGGACUUGCUUCAGGCAAAGCAUGAGGCUGUGAUGGCAACUGAAGCCAGGAAUUCCUUUCAGAGUGCCAUGUAUGACGGGAUGCGCAGACCGAUGCACUCGGUCCUUGGUCUCGUCUCGAUGAUGCAGCAGGAAAGCAUGAAUCCAGAGCAAAGGCUCGUGAUGGACGCCAUCGUCAAGACAACCAGUGUUGCCUCGACGUUGAUGAAUGAUGUCAUGCAAACAUCGACGAUGGACCGUGAGCACUUAUCUCUGGUGAGGAGGCCCUUCAGCCUCCACUCCUUGAUUAAGGAAGCGGUCAGCGUUGUAAGGUGUCUGUGUGGCUCCAAGGGGGUUGAUUUCGAGUUUCAAGUGGAGAAUUCUUUGCCCGAAAGGGUCGUUGGCGACGAGAAGAGGGUUUUCCAUAUUGUCUUGCACAUGGUAGGCACUCUGAUAAAUCAAUGCCGUGCGGGCUGCCUCUCUUUGUAUGUGAAUAGUUACAACGAGAUGGAUGAGAGGCAUAAUAAUCAGGACUGGAUGCUGCUGCGAAGAGCAAACUUUUCUGCCGGAUAUGUGUGUGUCAAGUUUGAGAUUAGGAUUAAAAAAUCCAGAAACAGCCUUUUGGAUGCGUCUGCCAGCCAAAUAAGUCAAGAGCCGAACGCUAGCAGUUCGGAGAUGGGCCUUAGCUUCAACAUGUGCAAGAAGAUUGUGCAGAUGAUGAAUGGUAAUAUCUGGUCCGUAUCAGACCCAGAAGGGUUGAGAGAGACGGUCAUGCUGGCUCUCCAGUUCCAGAUGCAACAUGUGACCCCUGUCUCAGGAGCAUCCUCGGACCUAUACCGGUUAUCACCGAUCCCCAACUUCAACGGGCUCCAUGUCCUCCUGGUGGACGGUGAUGACACCAACCGAGCAGUCACCCACAAGCUCCUGGAAAAGCUUGGGUGCCGAGUCUUUUCGGUCAGCUCGGGCAUCCAGUGCAUGACCUCCUUUGCGGGCGGCGAGUCGUCCUUCCAGCUGGUGCUUCUGGACCUGACGAUGCACACGAUGGACGGGUUCGAGGUGGCCCUCGCGAUCCGCAAGUUCAGGAGCAACAGCUGGCCGCCACUGAUCGUGGCCCUCGCGGCGAGCUCGGACGACAACGUCCGGGACCGGUGCCAGCGGUCAGGGAUAAACGGUCUGCUCCAGAAGCCCGUCACGUUGGCGGCCCUGGGGGAUGAAGUGUAUAGAGUCCUUCAGCACAACUGA